UCCUACCAUCCACGUCUCGGGUUGGCCCGUGUCCUUACCCGGUUAGGUUCGGAUCACGACGCCGUCCGAAGAUUCUACGAAGAAUGCAUCACUAUGGAACCCAACCUUCAUGACGCGUACAUAGAACUGGGGGAAAUCCUGGUUAAAUCGGAUCCCUUAGGAGCAGUUGAGGUGUAUUCGAAGUAUCCGUUCCCAGACCCCUUGACCUAUGAUGACGCGUAUCUCCAUGGCGAAAUUGCGCGACUCUUGAUUAAGCACGAGAAGUUGGACGAUCCGCGGUUAGGUCCAAGCAUGAUAGCAUUGGGCAAAGUGAUGGGUUUCUCUGUCCUAGAGAAAUACGUGGACAUUCUUGAUAGUAAGUUACAAUACAGUAAGUUAUUGAUGCAGAUUUAUGCUCAAGUAAACGGGAAGAAUGUCGAUGACCCUGAUUUGCAACAAUUCUUUAAGUUUAAAUGUUGGAUAUAG